AUGCAGUGCAGGGCAGGGGCUGAGGACUUUGAGGACCUACCAAACCUAGUCCAACUCAGGCCACCGCAAAGCACAAAGCAGAAGCAGAAACAGAAGCAGUUGCUUGUUGAUUGGGGAAAGGAAGAAAAGAAGAUGGGAUCUUCAUCAAUAUUGGGUAUAACAACAAGUGAACCAGUUGAUAAUACUACUUCUUCUGCAUCAUCAUGUAUUCAUUCAAUCUCAAUCGCACUUUUGAUACUUCAGUCAAGUGCUACUGGAAAUGCGAAAGCAUCAAUUAUUAGCCUUCUUGAUUUGGCGGUAGGAAUGAGGAAGAACAAAAAAGGAAAGCAAAAAUCUUCGGUGUCUAAUGUAAAGAAGGAAGUUCCAGCAAAAAACACAGAAGGAAAGAAGAUAAAUUUCUCUGAUACUAACAAGGAAGAUCCUGCUGGUGGUGGUGGUGGUGGUUCAUUGAAAAGGCAUAAGAGAGCUGCUGCAUGCAAAGAUUUCGAGGAGAAAUCUCUAAGUUUGCAUGAAGAGAAGAGAAGACAAGAAGAGGGUCGCCCCAACAGGAGAUUGAUUGAUUUUGUUCUGCAUGAUGCAAAUGGUAAUCCACAACCAUUGGAGAUGAUUGAAGUUGAUGAUAUAUUUAUCUCUGGUAAGCAUGGGGUUGGUUAUGAAGAUGGAUCCCUAGUCAUUUGGCUGACUACUGAAGUAGCAGAUAGUGAUUGGAUCAAGCCUGCUGGUGGCUACAAGAAGUUCUUCAAUCAUUUCUUUCAGAAGGCACUUGCUUGCAUAGAAGUUCACAAAAAACUCUCAAGAUUUUGUGGAGGAAACCCAGAAUUCUCCCUUGAUGAGUUGCUUGCUAGGUUGAUUUCUUCGGAGCUUCUUCCAAUGGAACCUUGCGAAGAUAUUGAUGUCACCAUCUUUGGAUCAGGAAGUAUGACUGAAGAUGAUGGAAGCGGGUUGAUUUCUUUGGAGAUUCUUCCAAUGAAACCUUGUGAAGAUAUUGAUGACACCAUCUUUGGAUCAGGAAGCAUGACUGAAGAUGAUGGAAGCACGUUCUGUCUUGAUGAUCCUGAUCAGUCUACUUCUUGGGGUUCAGAGGCUCAGGAUGACAUGGGUUUGCCAAUAUUUUUUAGUGCAAUAAAGGAGUGGAUGAUUGAGUUUGGAGCAUCGAUGAUUUUUAUAUCAGUAUGCACGGACAUGGCCUGGAAGGAUCAUCAUGCUUAUAUUUCUUCUGAUCCAGCAGCUGUUGAGAGAUACGUGGUUGUGCAUGGACAGAUACUGCUGCAGCUUUUUGCCUAUUUGACUCAUAAAAUGGAGGAGAGGCACCAUACUAAAUGGGUAGUGAACAAGAAAGCAACUGUGCAAAAGUUUCAAUCCGAUUUGAAUCCCCGAGCAGCAAUUGAUACUGAUUUGGAGGGAACUGAUUGUGAAGUGAAAGAAGAGGAUGAAGAUGAGGAGCAGAAUGAAAAAGAAGAUUAUGAUAAAGAGGAGGAGGCAGAGAAAACACUAAAAUCUCAUUCGGUGUCUGAGCAUACUAAAUCCCAUACUUCACAAAAGGAAGUAAGAUGGGAUGGAAAUCCUGUUGAUGAAUUGGAUGAACUUCCUGCCAUCUAUUUUCUGGAGUACAUGCUUGAGACACGAAAUGGAAGCAAAACGUUUCAUGGGAGAAUUAUGAAGUGGGGAUCUGAGAGUUCUUGGAAAGAUAACACCAAUGCUGAUAGAAUUGAUGGGGCAAAGGCAGAAGAGAGGAAAAAGAAAGGAUUGCCACUAGAAUAUUACUGUAAAAGCUUGUACCGGCCGAAAAGAGUUGCUUUCUUCACUCCCCUGUUUGAUACUAUGGGUCUUGGCACUGGUGUCUGCCACUCUUGUAACUUAAAAAUAGCUGAAGAAGAGAAGGAUGUUUUCAAAGUAAAUUCUUCUCAGACAGGAUUUUCAUACAAGGGAACCGAAAAGGGGGAGAAUGAAACUUUUAAAGGUGGAAGGAAUGUUGGAUUGAAGCUUUAUGUUGUGUGCCAGUUGUUGGAGGUUGUUCCAAAGGAACCAAAACAAGCCGGAACAAGAUCCACUUAG